UUCCCAUGACAUCAUGUCAGGACUUCCGUGUUCGCGUUUGAAUCUGCCAAGAAGGUGCAUGCAGCAAACUUCCGUAAGGUUAUUUAACUUUCGGCAUAACAAAAGAGUGAUGUCUGAACUAAAACCUUGUAAGGUCUGUAAUUUUACGCGACAACAAUCAUACGGUUUGGUAGUUCCUUCUCUGGACCAACUAAAGAUUAAAGGAAGCGAAUCUCUUGGGUUUAGCCCAAGUACCUCCGUCUCUGUGGUAUUAGAAGAUGAUGGGACAAUAGUUGAAGAUGAGGCCUAUUUCUUGUGCUUACCUACAAACACAAAGUUUAUGCUCUUGCAUGAAAAAGAGACGUGGGCCCCACUACGAAGAAUUGAUGGCGGCACAGCUUGGAUGACCAGGGAGUCUGUGAAUCUUGAGAGCGAUGCUGUGGAUAGCUCAGUCAGUGGGAUCGAGCCCUGGUUCUACCUGGCCCAGCAACUCAAGAAGGACCUGGCCAGCAUCAUACUGAUGUCGGAGGCAGAAUUACAAACCCUAGUGGACGUGCCUUGUUUAGAGCUGGCCUCAGCCCUGGGCUUCCCGGAGAGGAAGGCGCUGAAUCUCCAGGACACUCUACAGAGAGUGUUGGACCGCAGGGAGGAAGAGCGACAGUCCAAGGAACUGCUCCAGCUCUACCUCAAGGCAGUGGAGAGAGAAGACAGUCAAGAGGCAGAGCCUAGAAAUGACGGGUCAGGUGAUGGGGAUGUGACAGACGGGCUGGCGGUAGAUCCGGCAUCAGGAUUCAUGUCCAGAACGCUGAUGGUUCUCAAGGGUAAAACGAGCCCUGAGACCAGGCUCUCCAAUGAGGAGCUGCAGAUGGUGGUGAACAAAGGUGCACGGGCCAUGGAGCAAGUUCUGGGCUGGGACUCUGAGAGGACAUUGGUGCUGCUACAGGCAUGCGAGGAGCAACUGAGCAGGCGGCUCCAGCAGGUUCAGGCCAUACAGGACCUCCGUAGCCACACACAACAACAGGACAGCACGCAGCCCUCCGAUAAGAGCCAAGCCACACAAGCCAAGCGCAUGAAGACCUGAGCCCUAGGACCAUGCCUCAGGACUACUUGACAUGAUGACUCCUUGCUGUCCCCAGUCCACCUGGUCGUGCUGCUGCUCCAGUUUCAACUGUUCUGCCUGUGAUUAUUUUUAUUUGACCAUGCUGGUCAUUUAUGAACAUUUGAACAUCUUGGCCAUGUUCUGUUAUAAUCUCCACCCGGCACAGCCAGAAGAGGACUGGCCACCCCACAAUGCCUGGUUCCUCUCUAGGUUUCUUCCUAGGUUUUGGCCUUUAUAGGGAGUUUUUCCUAGCCACCGUGCUUCUACACCUGCAUUGCUUGCUGUUUGGGGUUUUAGGCUGGGUUUCUGUACAGCACUUUGAGAUAUCAGCUGAUGUACGAAGGGCUAUAUAAAUACAUUUGAUUUGAUUUGAUCUGUGACAUCCACUUGUAUUGAUCAUAUCUUCACUAAUGCUGCAGAGCUUUGCUCCCAAGCAAUAUCUGUUUCCAUUGGCUGUAGUGACAGUAACAUUGUGGUAAUAACAAGGAAAGCCAAAGUGCCAAAGGUUGGGCCUAAAGUCAUUUAUAAGACAUCAUACAAAAUGCUUUCUCAGGACUCUUGUUGAAGAUGUAAAACAUUUGUUGUUAUGAGGAAGUGAAUUCAAAUGCAGCAUUGGAAGUAUUUGUAAAAUUAUUAAUGCGAAUUGUUGACCAGCAUGCACCUGUUAAAAAACUAAAUGUGAGAAAUUAUAGAGCCCCCUGGAUUGAUGGUGAAUUGAACAAUUGUAUAAUUGUAUGGUUCAAAUAAAUAAUGCAAAAGAGGUGGUAAACAUGUCCGGCUGCUUAGCAGAUUGGUUGACAUACUGUAAAUUGAUACAUUUUGUGACUAAACUUAAAUUAAGAAGAAAUUAUAUUACCAAACAAAGAUAAAUCACAUAAAACACAAUCAAUGUUUUUAUUAUGUUUAUUAUGUUUAUUAUGUAAGUUGAUGUGUCAUUUAUAACAAAACCUUUUGAUAUUGCCAAUCAUUUCAAUGACUAUUUCCAGAGUUGUGGACUCGAGUCACACGACUUGGACACGUCUGACUCAAGUGACAAAUUUGAUGACUUGUGACUAGACUUUAAUAGAAAAGAAAAGAACUUGAGACUUGACUUGGAGCCUCAAGACUUGGGACUCGACUUUGACUUGACACUGAUGACUUGAAUUAAUCUGGCCAGGUUUGAUAAUGUUUUGUCACUUAUUAUGAGGCAAAGAGUCUACGUGGAUUACUCUACACGCAGCCAGAGACAGUAGCCGCAGCAUCGCCCUUGCAAAAAAACUGCAACAGGUUGGAUAGUGAAACGCACACUCUGCACUCUGAUUGGACUAGCAAACUAGCAGUCAACACAGGUCAGGUGGUGAGCUAGUGCUUUUUUCUAUUGUUGAAAUGUUUGCUCUUGCUUUAAAUGCAUAGGCCCUAUGUGGUACAUCUAUAUUCUAUCUAAUACUACAAAAAAUGCUAGCGUUUCAUAAUUCCAUACCAUUUAUUGCAACACGUAGAUAUUUCUGUUUCAUAUUUUCUAGGUCUAUGAUACAUUUUCAUUUAGUCCUACCAUUUCUUAUCCUCUGAGUGGGAGCAAUGUUUAUUGUGCACAUGAACGUUCACAAGACUCAUGAAGAAGAAAUGUUGUUUAUUUAAUUCAAUGUAUGGUUAACUUUGUUCAUAUUUCAUGGGUUAUGUCAGAGUUCCUUGUGUCUGUGUUCUAUAUCUGUCAUUCUGGUUGUGGAUAAUAGGCGCACAUAGAAAUAGGCUACCUAGCCUGCGCGGCACGCUUUGGAGUCAGAACAUUGAAUAAGAGAAAAUGAUUUUUCCAUGUAUGAAUGGUGUUGAAAUGUAAUUAAUAAUCAUUAAGUCUGAUUAAGUGAAAUAUACUGUACAUUGGAAAUGGC